UUGUCAGAGGAUACACCAAGCCGCGCUUCUAUUCCCCAGCAUAGAAUAAGCAUCCAGAGCGAGACGAGACGAAGGCUUGCGCAGGCGAGUCAGUUUGGAAUAGGGAGGAAAGGAAAGAAAAAAAAAUGACACACCCUCUCAAACAGUUGGUAGAUUUCUACCAUCCAGAUACCCGAGGGGUUGAUCACGCCGGUCGUACCCUCGAUGAGAUACUGAAUUGGAGCGACGACCAGCUGGAACAGUCGCACGAUUAUAUCCAGGUGUUGUUCCCGCUGCCAGAGCCGUCGGACUCGAGCGCGCCAGAGCUCAACGAAGAUGUGAUUAUCUACUUCCGGGGAGACGUGCAGCUGAGAGAGCAGGUGAGGCGCGUCCUAAAGCGGAUGCUCGCAUUCUACGGUUUCGACAUAGCGUGGCACCAGGAGGGGCCAGCGCUAGAGGUGGAAGUCACACCGUUAUCCGAGAAUGAGCAAGUGUUUCAUAGGUGGCUGAAGUAUCAGGACCACAACCACUUGCGCAUAUCCCGCAUCAUCAGGAGCCUCCGCGUCCUGGGUCUGAGCCGCGAGGCCGCCGCUGUCCACCGGGCGUUCGUUCGGAUCAACCAGUCCAUGGGCUUGGUUGUCUCGGUCACGACCGUGCUCUACUGGUUCUUCAGGUCUGCAGAUCCCUUGAGUAGGGGGUUGGGGGGGGAGCCGAUUGAAUGGCUCAGGAAAUUCGAUUGAGGCGGCCGACAAGA